AUGGUGAACUUCACUAUCGAAGAGAUCCGUGCGCUUAUGGAUCGCAAAAAAAAUAUUCGUAACAUGUCCGUCAUUGCGCACGUUGACCACGGAAAAUCGACCCUUACUGACUCACUUGUCUCAAAGGCUGGUAUUAUAGCAGGUGCAAAAGCUGGAGAGACUCGUUUCACUGACACCCGUAAAGAUGAGCAGGAAAGAUUGCCAUAUCUAUGUUCUUUGAACUCGAAGGCGAAAGAUAUUGAGUUCAUCAAGGGAGAGCAACAAGUUGAAAUCACUGAGGUUGACGGAAAGAAAGAGAAGUUCAAGGGCUUCCUUAUCAAUUUGAUCGACUCCCCUGGUCACGUUGACUUCUCCUCUGAAGUCACUGCUGCUCUUCGUGUCACUGAUGGAGCUCUUGUUGUUGUGGAUUGCGUUUCUGGUGUGUGUGUCCAAACAGAGACUGUGCUGCGUCAGGCUAUUGCCGAGCGUAUUAAGCCCAUUUUGUUCAUGAACAAGAUGGACCGUGCUCUUCUCGAACUGCAACUGGGAGCUGAAGAGCUGUUCCAAACUUUCCAGCGCAUUGUUGAAAACAUUAAUGUUAUUAUUGCAACAUACGGAGAUGACGAUGGUCCAAUGGGAGCCAUCAUGGUAGACCCCUCAGUAGGUAAUGUCGGGUUCGGUUCUGGUCUUCAUGGCUGGGCCUUCACUCUGAAACAGUUUGCCGAGAUGUACGCUGACAAGUUCGGAGUUCAGGUUGACAAACUGAUGAAGAACCUUUGGGGUGAUCGAUUCUUCGAUCUGAAGACCAAGAAGUGGAGUUCACAGCAGAGCGAGGGUGCGAAGAGAGGAUUCAACCAGUUCGUAUUGGAUCCUAUUUUCAAGGUUUUCGAUGCCGUUAUGAACAUCAAGAAAGAUCAGGUUGAGGCCCUCAUAGUUAAGUUAGGAAUCAAGCUAGCGCAUGACGAGAAGGAUCUAGAAGGCAAACCCCUUAUGAAGGUAUUCAUGAGGAAAUGGCUUCCUGCUGGAGAUACCAUGCUUCAAAUGAUCUGUAUUCACUUGCCUUCUCCAGUAACUGCUCAAAAGUACAGGAUGGAAAUGCUCUAUGAAGGCCCUCAUGACGACGAAGCUGCCGUCGCUAUCAAGAACUGUGACCCUAACGGCCCUCUGAUGAUGUACGUAUCGAAAAUGGUACCGACUUCGGACAAGGGACGAUUCUACGCUUUCGGACGUGUGUUCUCCGGAAAGGUCGCCACCGGAAUGAAGGCCAGAAUCCAAGGACCCAACUACGUGCCAGGAAAGAAGGAAGACCUCUACGAGAAGACUAUCCAACGAACCAUUCUUAUGAUGGGUCGUUACAUUGAACCCAUCGAGGACAUUCCAUCCGGAAACAUCGCCGGUCUUGUUGGAGUUGACCAGUACCUCGUCAAGGGAGGAACCAUCACCACAUUCAAGGAUGCCCACAACAUGCGUGUGAUGAAGUUCUCUGUCUCACCUGUCGUCCGUGUUGCUGUGGAAGCAAAGAAUCCCGCCGAUCUGCCCAAACUGGUAGAAGGAUUGAAGCGUCUCGCCAAGUCCGAUCCUAUGGUGCAAUGUAUCUUCGAGGAAUCUGGUGAACACAUUAUCGCUGGUGCUGGAGAACUUCACCUGGAAAUCUGCCUGAAAGAUCUUGAAGAGGACCAUGCUUGUAUUCCGCUGAAGAAGUCAGACCCUGUUGUGUCAUAUCGUGAGACGGUAUCGGAAGAGUCAAACCAAGUUUGCUUGUCGAAGUCACCAAACAAGCACAACCGUUUGCAUGCCACCUGUAAACCCAUGCCUGACGGACUUGCUGACGAUAUCGAGAAUGGCACCGUCAAUGCUCGCGAUGAAUUCAAAGCUCGUGCCAAGAUUCUCGCUGAGAAGUACGACUAUGACGUCACCGAAGCACGUAAGAUUUGGUGCUUUGGUCCCGACGGCACUGGUCCAAACAUUCUAGUCGAUGUUACAAAGGGAGUACAAUAUCUGAAUGAAAUCAAGGAUUCGGUCGUUGCUGGAUUCCAGUGGGCAACAAGGGAAGGAGUUCUUGCUGACGAACACAUGCGCGGAAUUCGUUUCGACAUCCAAGAUGUUACGCUCCACGCUGAUGCUAUUCACAGAGGUGGUGGUCAAAUCAUCCCGACUGCUCGUCGUGUUAUUUAUGCAUCCGUACUCACUGCUGGACCACGACUUUUGGAACCCGUUUACCUGGUCGAAAUUCAAUGCCCUGAGGUAGCCGUAGGAGGUAUCUAUGGUGUGUUGAAUCGUAGAAGAGGACACGUGUUCGAAGAGUCACAGGUCGCCGGAACUCCUAUGUUUGUUGUCAAAGCCUACCUUCCUGUCAACGAGUCAUUCGGUUUCACUGCCGACUUGCGUUCAAACACUGGUGGUCAGGCUUUCCCUCAAUGUGUGUUUGAUCACUGGCAAGUUCUGCCAGGAGACCCACUGGAGCCUGGAACCAAGCCUAACCAGGUUGUUCUUGAGACGAGAAAACGUAAAGGACUCAAGGAAGGCGUGCCCGCACUCGACAACUACCUUGACAAAUUGUAA